UUUUUAUGUUUUAGGAUUGAGGCAAUCGGUUUAAUUCAUGAAAGAAAAAAAAGAAGAAAAGUUAGUGGACUACGAGGAUACAGCAGACAGGAAGACAGACAGAUUUGUCCAAACGGAUAGAAUUAGAGUAGACCUUCGAUGCCGCUCAAAAUUUGAAAUGCUUUUGACCGUUUUUUAAAAAUAUUUUCUCGGGGAAUGUUUCCGCAGAUGUCUCUCUUCAAAUCAAACUCAUCUCUCUUUCUCCUUGUUUCUUCAUAGCGGCCAUGGGUAGCUGUUUCAGCAAGAAGAGAGACUCUUCUUCUCCGUCUUCGGUAGCUGUUUCCACGGUGAAGCCGGAGCCGGUAGAUGCAAACAAGUCUCAGAAGGGAGAACAAGUGAUACCGCAACAAGAAACAACCAAGAAGGAAAAAGGAGAAGAAAGGUUAGUGAGGAAGGAAAUAUUUGUGAUAAAGCAUAGAAACAGCCAUGAAAAACGCCCUCUUCCUCAUCAGAAUGAAGGUGUUGAUGAGGAGGGGGAAAUUGGAAAUAACAAUAACAAUGUGGUAGAUGCCAUUCUCAUACAGUGUGGAAGGCUUAGCCGAAGCAACUCCUCUUCUGCCCGAAAGUACUCUGGUUCUAGGAGAAGUUAUGAUUUUGAUCACACUGAAACUAGCGAUGGUGUAGUUGAGAAGAAAAGCAGUGAGGAUGAAGAUCAAGUGCGGCAGCACAGACAAAGCCAUCGCCACCGCUCUUCUUCUCAAGGAAGGAGGAGGACCCCCAGUAGAGAAAGAGAAAGAGAUCAACAACAUCAACAGCACCAACGUUCUAGUGGAAAAAGAGUGAGCCGAUCGCCUGGUAGAAGAAAUGAAAACGACUCUAGUAAUACUACUAGCACUGCAAAGCCUGGAAAAGUGGUUGCAGUUCCUGCUACUGUGAAUGUGGUUGAAAGAAGCAACAAUAAUGUUCAUGGCAGAGGUGCUGUAGAGCCAAUUAAAAGGAUCUCUGUUAGGAGAAAUGUUGGGUCGCCCCGUUCACAGUCCCCAGCCAGAGCUGGAAAUCCUAAUGUUAAUGUCUCCAAUGAUAGUCAGCAACACCCCUCUCUUACUCGAAAUUCUUCAAGGAAAGCUGAGAAUUCUCCUUACAAAAGAAACCCUUUGAUUGACAUCGACUCCAACAACAACCGACUUCAAAUUCUCUCUCAGGCUCCAGUGAAGCCAAAUGUUGAAAUUGCAGCUCAGGUGACUAAUCAUAAAGCCAGCGGCACAGACAAGGAAGAGCCUAAAGCUCUGGCACCAACAACAAACAACUUCACUCUACCCCAAACUUUAACAAAGAGUAGAUCUUCAAGGCGAUCUAGAGACCUAGAUCUUAAUCCGGAAACAUUGUUGAAUCCUACACCAUCAUAUACAGCAUUAUUACUGGAAGACAUACAAAAUUUUCACCAGAAUAACGGUACUCCUUCAUUCUCACUUCCACCCUGUGUAGCUAAGGCCUGCUCCAUCCUUGAAGCCGUUGCUGACCUCGGUUCCACCACAAGCUCCAGUUUAUCUUGUGCAUUUUCUGAUAAUCCCAGUAAUCUUUCUUUUGUUGGAAAGAAAUUGACAGAGGGUAAAGACCCUUUUGCAGAAUCUGAGGUGCUUGCAAGAGAUAAUCUUACAGAGCCAAGCUUUCAUAAGUUCCUGACUCUAAGGCGGGGUGGCACAUUAGGAAGGGUAGAUUUGGGUGAGCAGGAAUCAUCAGGCAGCAAUAGCUAUGUGGUUGGAGGAGUUAAACACAACUGGAAUUUUUCUUCCUCUUUAUGGGAACCUAAUUCAGCUGACUCAACCGGCUGCUGGACCUCAAUGAAGGACAACCUCUCCUCUGAAACCAGAAAGGGGUUCAGCGGUAAAAAGACAGACACUAAUUUUCAAAAGGGUGGAAUUUGGCGAAACAGAGCUGCAGCCAGUAGAAGUCUCCACACAGUUUCUAUUGUUUCAGCUGCUGCUUCAUCGUAACUUCUUAAAUAUUUAGCUGUAGUUUUCAAUUGCAGCCAUAAUUUAACCGUUUGCAAACUUGCAACCGUGUGUUCUUGUUAAUUUCAAUAAAAGAAAAUUUGUUCUUUUCUUCA